AUGCCGACGACAAGGCCGGUCUGGGACCGGGCUUUGUCGAGCUACAUGCUGGUCUUCGAUGAUGAUUGGACUGUACGUGUUCCCGGCUCCGCUGGGUCGGAGAGCCCACUGGCCCUGGUUCCUGCCGAGUACGUGGGGGAGGAGUUCAUGGUGCGAGUCGUGGAGUUUCCGGGUGAUGGGAAUUCGAUCUCGGUAGGCGGGAUCUAUGGCACUGGGACAGCCCCCUGUCAAGCCGGAGAUCUGGGAUUUCUGCCUCAGUCAUUCGGCAUCCGCAGCCAGCAUUUCACAAACUCCCAAGUGGGGACGAAGGGCAGUCGUCGCGACGGCCCCAUCGUGAAAUCGGGUGACUCCAUCAUGGUGAAGUGGUCGGCAGGCAAUGCAGAGGUUUUUGUGAAUGAUGCGCGGGUUUGGCAUGGCAGCCUGCUUGCCCCGGCUCGGGCCCGACGCUUUUUUGGAGCAUCCGUGGCAGACAAUGCUGUCCUGCGUAUUGAGGCCACCCAGAAGCACAGCCGAAUCCCUGUUUGCUACACUGAGCGGCUGUUGCAAAACUCAAUUUUCACCGAUGUGACAAUUCUUUGUGCAGAUGGCACAGUCGAAGCGCACAAGGCUUUGUUGGCAGCUUCCUCGCCAGUGUUUUAUCGCAUGUUUGAGUCUGGCAUGUUGGAAUCCAGAGAUGGCCGUGUCAACAUCGAUGCCCCAAAGGAAGUUGUGUCCAGUCUGCUUAGGCAUGUGUACACUGGAGCCUUUGACCCUAACAUCGAUGCUGCUGCCAUGAUUGAGCUUGCCCACAUGUAUGACCUGCAGGAUUUGGCCGCCUUUUGUGGGGAGAUCCUGGUUGAUAACGUGGCACCGGCAAAUGUGAGCCAGUGUGCUGAGAAGAUACGAAGAUUGCGCAGCACCAGCGCCAGCAACGCAGAGACAGAUGACAUAUUCGAACAGAUUUGGCAAAGGCUAAUGGCUCGCAUACAGCAGGAUCCAGUUCUGAUGCGAGCAGUGCUCGAAAGCCACAACCACGAGCGGGAGCCAUGCUGA